CAAAAACUUCAAAUGUCUGUUACAAACACAACACUGAUUAGACAUCCCGACAGUGAAAUCGAUUUUCAAAUCGAUGAAUCCGUUCGAGAAAAGCAUGUAUUCAUAAUUCAGACCAAGAAUUGCUGUAUAAAUGAUAAUAUAAUGGAGCUCUUGAUUAUGACAAACGCCUGCAAAUUGGCCUCUUCUUCGCGAAUAAGCGCCGUUUGGACUUAUUUUCCGUAUUCACGUCAAGACAAGAAGAAGAGGUCGCGGACUGCCAUCGCAUGCAAACUGUUGGCUAAUAUGAUGGAAGUGUCCGGAAUUAAUAAUGUCAUUACAAUGGAUCUGCAUUCGCCACAAAUCGCAGGCUUUUUUAAUAUAACUGUCAAUAAUCUAUUGUCUGCGCCAUUGAUUAUUAAAUACAUAAAGGAAUCGAUCCCUAACUGGAAGAAUGCAGUGAUCGUCUCUCCAGACGCCGGCGGAACCAAAAGAGCCAUUUAUAUAGCAAACAAAUUGGGAUUAAAAUUCUCUCUCAUUCACAAACAUAAGGGUCCGGACAAUAAGAUUGAUUCCAUGGCAUUAGUGGGUGAUGUGAGGGGACAGAUGACAAUCAUUAUCGACGAUAUGGCCGACUCCGGCGAAACACUUGUAAGGGCGACACAGAAGCUGAAGGAAUUGAAUGCAAGCAAAGUGUAUGCAAUGGUAACGCAUGGAGUGUUGAGUGGAAUGGGAUGCGAGAGAAUCAAUGUCUCACAAUUGGAGAGACUUGUGGUGACCAAUACAUUACCACAAGAGGUGAAUAAAAAGCGGUGCAUAAAACUGGAUGUGAUUGAUGUG